CACUCUUAUUCUUUAAUCUCGUUCAACAUGCACAUUCAAGACAAGGUUGCGCUUGUGACUGGCGGAGCGAACGGAAUCGGCCGCGAGUUUGCGAUUGCGCUGCUCGAGCGCGGUGCAAAGGUCGCGCUCGUCGAUCUGGACACCAACACUGGCGAAAAGCUCAGCGCCGAGCUCAACGCAAAGUACGGCAGCGACCGCACCGCAUUUAUCAAGUGCAAUGUGACCAAGGAGGCCGAGCUCGAGCACGCAUUCUCGCACACAUUCAAGCUGUUUGGCAGACUCGACAUUGUCGCAAAUAACGCAGGCAUUGCGCGCGAGCCCGACUGGCAGCUCGUGAUUGACAUCAAUCUCACGGCGGUUGUCGCAGGAUCCCGCCUGGCCAUCACGUACAUGUCGGCACCGCAUGGAAACGGCGGUGUCAUCAUCAACACUGCCUCGAUGGGUGGACUCAUCCCCAUGCCAUACGCACCCGUGUACGCGGCGACCAAGGCCGCAGUCAUUCAGUACUCGCGCUCGCUCGGUCAGGCGCACGAGAACAUUCGCGUCAAUGCAAUCUGCCCAUCAUUCACUGACACUGCGUUGGUCGCCGAGGGCAAAACCAUGCUCCCAACCGUGUUUGGCGAAGUGGUUGCUGCCACCGGUCCGCUGCUCUCCCCCGAGCUGAUCGCAACGUCCAUGAUUGCGAUUGUCGAGGACGACAGCAAAAACGCGGCUGUGAUGCGCGUCACAAAUGCUCGCGGUGUGGAUUACCAGUCCUACGACGGUUUCUUGAACAAGUCGACUCCUUUGACGCCCAAGCUGUGAUGAAGGGGGCGGGGGCGGGCAGAGUUUUUCAACGAUCAUCAUCGGCAUUAUGAUGUGUCUGUGUGAUUGUGCAAAAUACGGGUCCGAUUCAUUGUAGAGCUUUGGAGUGCUUCUUGCACUCGUCGAAUCAACAGCGCAAGCUUUCAAAGUCGCUCGUCGUAGCUAGCCAAC